AGAUGGUUGUUCUGAUGAACCCCAUGGAGGAUCCAGAUAAUAUCCUGCGUGCCAACCGCUCCCGGGAGAAGACCUAUAUGUUCGAUGUGGCAUUUGACUACUCAGCCAACCAGGAAGAGGUGUACAGAGCCACGACCAAGGGCCUGAUCGAAGGCCUCAUAUCUGGCUACAAUGCCACCGUUUUUGCCUUCGGACCCACAGGUUUGUCAGAGCCGCCCUAUCCUCUAUUCUAGUUGCGGGCAUGUGUGUGUAUCCGUGCGUGUGUCCUCUGUCCCUGUUUGUGUUGUCCUCAGGGCUGGUCUAAGCCUCUAUCUACCACCUACUGGACACCAGGGGAGAACUAAGCCUCUAUCUACCACCCACUGGACACCAGGGGUGAAUAUUACCCUGGAAACAACCAGCCUGGGGGUUGAUGAUCCUGACUACAUGCCUUUUUAUCCAAGUUAUCUCUUGCUAUUUAUUUAGCUAAUUUCAGCGAUAUAAUCAAACUCAUAAAUCAUAUAGUACUAUCUUCCUUUUCCACUGUUGGAUUAAUGUUGGGGUUCUAGAUUCUAAUUAGUCUGAUCUGAUACCAUGGGGACUGGGAAGGGGUGUUGCAAGCUUUCACUCAUUAUGUUUCUAAUGGGAAGAAAUUAUGUCAUAGGUAGCACCAGACAGACAGACAGACAGACAGACAGACAGACGGUUAGACAGACAGACAGACAGACAGACAGACAGACAGACAGACAGACAGACAGACAGACAGUCAGACGGUUAGACAGACAGACAGACAGACGGUCAGACAGACAGACGAUUAGACAGACAGUCAGACAGAUAGAUGGUUAGACAGACAAUCAGACAGACAGACAGACAGACAGACAGACAGACAGACAGACAGACAGACAGACAGACAGACAGACAGACAGACAGACAGACAGACAGACAGACAGACAGACAGACAGACAGACAGACGGUUAGACAGACAGUCAGACAGACAGUCAGACAGACAGUCAGACAGACAGACAGACAGUCACUACCUACUGUAGAAAGACAAAUACAACAGACCGAAAAGUAAUCCUCCCUCCCCCCAUCCUCCUGUCUGUCUCUCUCUCUGUAGACUCACUGCUCAUAAUCUCUGCUUGAAUUUAACUAAUUAAACUCAGUGUGUCACAGCCUUGUUGUCCAAAACUGAAUUAAGACCUCUUGUGACCUGUCCUCCUCGACCAAAACAGGCAUGGUUUCAGGAAAUAGAGGUUGACUGGGGUUAAGCUUUCAACAAGAAGGCCUUUUAAUAUUGAGUUUAAAAGUAGUGUACACACAUCCAGCUACUGAAUGCGCGACAAAUUCCUGUAAAAGGCCAAAUAAAUUAACUGAACUGAACUUAAAGCUACAAUAUGUAACUAUUUGGGAGACCCAACCAAAUUCACACAUAAAUGUGAGUUCUAGAUCUUUCAGUCUAAGGAGCGGUAGAUCUGUUCUAUAUAAGCUAUUUCUAUGCUUCUCAUUCAGAAGUUUUGUUUUUGCGUCUUUUACUUUCUGUUUUUUUACACCAGCUUCAAACAGUGGAAUAUACAAUAUAUUUCACAGCGGUUUAGAUGAUACUCUACACAAUGACUGCUUGUUUUGUCACAUAAACUAAAAUUAGGUGAACUAUUAGAAUUUUAUCAACCAGGAAAUGGCGGAGCGAUUUGUGCAUAGUGCAUCUUUAAAGGAAAAGUUUCAAUGCGCCUUGCCAUAGAUUCUACAAGUGUCUGGAACUUCCUGUGUGGAAGCACCACCUGAUUUCAAUAUACUUUGUAUCCCUCAUUUACUCAAGUGUUUCCUUUUAUUUUGGCAGUUACCUGUAGAAUGGACGGAGAGGUAUCGCUCGAGUCGCAACAAAAUGGAAUAUAAUGUUGCGGAUAAAGUUUGGAAUGACACAAUUUCAUGUGUACAACAUCUAAAGACCUGCAUCACUAUAUUUGGAGCUUUGUCGUUUCUAAAAGGAUGUAUUUGGGUGUUUUUGGAGCCUUUAUUCAUGUUUUUUCAGGGACUCAAUUCUACAUGAGAAUGAGGAAGUUAUUUGCUGUUUGGGGUAAGUUUUUUAAAAAAUGAAAUCACAAAAAAAGUGUCUGGACCCUUCUAUAACAUGCCAUUUACAUCAAAAAUAGAUAUUUGGUUGUAAAAAAUAAAAGUUAUCCUUUUAGUGAACUGAUCCAUGCAGAAAGGGGUAAAACAAAAAACAGUAUAGUCAUGACACUGAAAUGGACACUGUUCAAUGCUGUUCAAUGUUGUUCAAUACUCUUCAAUGCUGUUCAAUACUGUUCAAUUCUCUUCAAUGCUGUUCAAUACUGUUCAAUGCUCUUCAAUGCUGUUCAAUGCUGUUCAAUGUUGUUCAAAACUCUUCAAUGCUCUUCAAUGCUGUUCAAUGCUGUUCAAUUAUGUUCAAUACUCUUCAAUGCUGUUAAAUACUGUUCAAUGCUCUUCAAUGCUGUUCAAUGUUGUGUACUAUGUAGGGAAUAGGGUUUAUAUGACACUUUAAUAAAGGCCCUUCACAGUGUAAAGAACAAUACAUUUUACAUUCUAGACCAUUUAGGGAAAGAAGGGGUUAAUGUCCCUAUAGUUGACCGUCUAUCAGCGUCUUCUUUAUGUCAGGGUUAUAAACGAUUACAAAAUGGAUGAUAUCUUGAAAUGGUGCUGUGACUUUACCGUGACAUUUAUAGCACAGUGUUAUGGUGCUGGUUACUUUAGUUGAACAGAUUACAGUUGGAGUGACGCCAAUACUGGCAACAGAAUGUCUGCAUCCCAAAUGACACCCUAUUCCCUAUAGGGCACUACUAUGGGCCAAAAAGUAGUGCGCCAUAUACAGCCAAUGUCUUUUGUGAACUAGUUGGGGAUGUUUGUGACACAUUAUAUAAUAAUAAUAAUAUAAUAAUAAGCCAUUUAGCAGACGCUUUUAUCCAAAGCGACUUACAGUCAUGCGUGCAUACAUUUUUGUGUAUGGGUGGUCCCGGGGAUCGAACCCACUACCUUGGCGUUACAAGCGCCGUGCUCUACCAGCUGAGCUACAGAGGACCAUAUGACACAAGUAUUUACUAUAAACCUUAACCACUUAAUACUCUUGGUUCCUGGAGGAACAUAGGGCCUGUACUAAAGUUAUCCUCUUGGUUCCUGGAGGAACAUAGGGCCUGUACUAAAGUUAUCCUCUUUGUUCCUGGAGGAACAUAGGGCCUGUACUAAAGUUAUCCUCUUGGUUCCUGGAGGAACAUAGGGCCUGUACUAAAGUUAUCCUCUUUGUUCCUGGAGGAACAUAGGGCCUGUACUAAAGUUUUCCUCUUUGUUCCUGGAGGAACAUAGGGCCUGUAGUAAAGUUAUCCUCUUGGUUCCUGGAGGAGCAUAGGGCCUGUACUAAAGUUAUCCUCUUGGUUCCUGGAGGAACAUAGGGCCUGUAGUAAAGUUAUCCUCUUGGUUCCUGGAGGAACAUAGGGCCUGUAGUAAAGUUAUCCUCUUGGUUCCUGGAGGAACAUAGGGCAUGUAGUAAAGUUAUCCUCUUGGUUCCUGGAGGAACAUAGGGCCUGUAGUAAAGUUAUCCUCUUUGUUCCUGGAGGAACAUAGGGCCUGUAGUAAAGUUAUGCUCUUGGUUCCUGGAGGAACAUAGGGCCUGUAGUAAAGUUAUCCUCUUUGUUCCUGGAGGAACAUAGGGCCUGUAGUAAAGUUAUCCUCUUGGUUCCUGGAGGAACAUAGGGCCUGUAGUAAAGUUAUCAUCUUGGUUCCUGGAGGAACAUAGGGCCUGUAGUAAAGUUAUCCUCUUGGUUCCUGGAGGAACAUAGGGCCUGUAGUAAAGUUAUCCUCUUGGUUCCUGGAGGAAGAUAGGGCCUGUAGUAAAGUUAUCCUCUUGGUUCCUGGAGGAACAUAGGGCCUGUACUGAAGUUAUCCAAUGUUGCCGGUCUUUUCACAUUUGGUAUACUUAGAAUUUAUCCUGUGAACUCUGAAGGCUUCAUAAUAGCCGUUUGCUUCUCCUAUUAGUUGCUGUGGUUACCUGUAGUCAUUCUACUGAAGGCAUAGUGCUUAACCAACACAUUUUACAUUUACAUUUUAGUCAUUUAGCAGACGCUCUUAUCCAGAUCGACUUACAGUUAGUGAGUGCAUGCAUUUUCAUACUGGCCCUCCGUGGGAAACAAACCCACAAUCCUGGCGUUGCAAGCGCCAUGCUCUACCAACUGAGCUACAAUGCUGUUCAAUGUUGUUCAAUACUCUUCAAUGCUGUUAAAUACUGUUCAAUGCUCUUCAAUGCUGUUCAAUGUUGUUCAAUGUUGUUCAAUGCUCUUCAAUGCUGUUCAAUGCUGUUCAAUGUUGUUCAAUACUCUUCAAUGCUGUUCAAUACUGUUCAAUGCUUUUCAAUGCUGUUGAAUACUCUUCAAUACUCUUCAAUGCUCAAAUUGUUUGGUAUUGACACUAUUAUUGUCUUCAACGCAAACCGCAAACAGUGAUGGUGCAUAUUGUCCCUCUCUCUGUGUGUGUGUGUGUGUGUGUAGGUUGUGGGAAGACCUACACUAUGUUGGGGACUGACAGAGAACCGGGGAUCUACGUACACACUCUAAAUGACUUGUUCAAAGCCAUCGAGGAGACCAGAGAUGACAUGCAGUACAACAUCUCCAUGUCCUACCUGGAGGUGAGAAUGCAUACUGUCUCUGUCUGCAUCCCAGGUGGCACCCUAUUCCCUAUAUAGUGCACUACAGUUCAAAAGUAGUACACUAUAUAGGGAAUAGGGUGCUAUUUUGGGACGCAACCUGUGUCUGCAUUUGUUUCUCUUAGGAAUACCCUGACGUCUAAUAACACAGCCGUCAGUAGCCUACCUGUGCUAUAACAAACUACCCUGUCACCUGACCCACAAGGCUUUCAGUUCAGCUAAGGUCACCAACAGUGAUGUAGUCACUAUAUAGUAUACUAACUUAGAACUGCGUUUCUCUUUAUUCAACGGUUCAGGUGAUAGUCAUGUAGAUAAAACUAUGACAAGCAGGAGUUAUCGUCUAACCGUUUCUGAUAAGACUAAAACAAUAUAACCACUGACUGAGAUCAAUAGUGGCUGUUUUUGGUGGAAAAUAGACAAUGAUGAGCUUGUUUGUAGAGUGGUUUCUUGCGUCUAGUUGGCUGAGAGAUUAUCUGUGUGGCCGUGUGAUAAGAUAAUAAAGUUCUGAUAAAAGAUAACGGUCUGGCCGUGCCUGUGUGGACGUCCGAUAUUGACACUGAUUGCUAUGCUACAAACUACAAACAGAGCCAUAUAUAUAUAUAUAUAUAUAUAUAUAUAUAUAUAUAUAUAUAUAUAUAUAUUUAUACACACACACUACCAGUCAAAAGUUUGGACACACCUUCUCAUUCAAGGGUUUUUCUUUAUUUUUACAAUUUUUUACAUUGUAGAAUAAUAGUGAAGACAUCAAAACUAUGAAAUAACACAUAUGGAAUCAUGUAGUAACCAAAAAGGUGUUAAACAAAUCAAAAUUGCACACUUGGCAUUCUCUCAACCAGUUUCAUGAGGUAGUCACCUGGAAUGCAUUUCAAUUAACAGGUCUGCCUUUACUACAAGCUAUUCUACUACAAACUAUUCUACAAGUUAUUCUUCUACAAGCUAUUUUACAAGCUAUUAUACAAGCUAUUAUACAAGCUAUUAUGCAAGCUAUUAUACAAGCUAUUCUACAAGCUAUUAUACAAGCUAUUAUACAAGCUAUUCUACUAUUAUAGACAGCUCUUUAUUAAAAAUAGAAAGCACGCUCAACCAGCCAAAGACAUCCACCAGAGAAAUAUUUCUAGAGUAGAAUGAGCGACAGUCAGUGUCCUUGUGUUUGGAAGAAAUUAGCAUUGAUUACAGAAUGCAUAAGACAGAAAUGACACAAUGCCAUUGAUUUGAAGUUUGACACUCACGAUCUUAUGAUUCUACUACAAGCUAUUCUACAAGCUAUUCUACUACAAGCUAUUCUACAAGCUAUUCUACUACAAGCUAUUCUACAAGCUAUUCUACUACAAGCUAUUCUACAAGCUAUUCUACUACAAGCUAUUCUGCAAGCUAUUCUACAAGCUAUUCUGCAAGCUAUUCUACUACAAGCUAUUCUACUACAAGCUAUUCUACUACAAGCUAUUCUGCAAGCUAUUCUACUACAAGCUAUUCUACUACAAGCUAUUCUACAAGCUAUUCUACAAGCUAUUCUACUACAAGCUAUUCUACUACAAGCUAUUCUACAAGCUAUUAUUCUACAAGCUAUUCUGCAAGCUAUUAUACAAGCUAUUCUGUAGAAGCUAUUCUUCUACAAGCUAUUCUACAAUUCUUCUACAAGCUAUUCUACUACAAGCUAUUCUACAAUUCUUCUACAAGCUAUUCUACUACAAGCUAUUCUACUACAAGCUAUUCUACUACAAGCUAUUCUACUACAAGCUAUUCCACAAGUUAUUCUUCUACAAGCUAUUCUACAAGCUAUUCUACAAGCUAUUCUUCUACAAGCUAUUCUACAAGCUAUUCUACAAGCUAUUCUUCUACAAGCUAUUCUACUACAAACUUUUCAACAAGUUAUUCUUCUACAAGCUAUUCUACAAGCUAUUCUACAAGCUAUUCUUCUACAAGCUAUUCUACAAGCUAUUCUACAAGCUAUUCUUCUACAAGCUAUUCUACUACAAACUUUUCAACAAUUUAUUCUUCUACAAGCUAUUCUACAAGCUAUUCUACAAGCUAUUCUUCUACAAGCUAUUCUACAAGCUAUUCUACAAGCUAUUCUUCUACAAGCUAUUCUACUACAAACUUUUCAACAAGUUAUUAUUCUACAAGCUAUUCUACAAGCUAUUCUUCUACAAGCUAUUCUACAAGCUAUUCUACAAGCUAUUCUUCUACAAGCUAUUCUACUACAAACUUUUCAACAAGUUAUUCUUCUACAAGCUAUUCUACAAGCUAUUCUUCUACAAGCUAUUCUACAAGCUAUUCUACAAGCUAUUAUUCUACAAGCUAUUCUACUGCAAACUUUUCAACAAGUUAUUCUUCUACAAGCUAUUCUACAAGCUAUUCUUCUACAAGCUACUCUACAAGCUAUUCUUCUACAAGCUAUUAUACAAGCUGUUAUUCUACAAGCUAUUCUACAAACUAUUAUACCAGCUAUUCCACAAGCUAUUCUUCUACAAGCAAUUUUUCUACACACUAUUCUACCAUAAGCUAAUCUUCUACAAGCUAUUCUACAAGCUAUUCUUCUACAAACUAUUCUUCUGCAAGCUAUUCUUCUACAAGCUAUUCUAAAAACUAUUAUUCUACAAGCUAUUCUACAAGAUAUUCUACAAGCUAUUUUACAAGCUUAAGAAUAGAAGAAUUCCUUGGAUAUAAGAAUUAUUUGAAUAUAUGAAUUCCUUGAAUAUAACAAUUACUUGGAUAUAACAAUUACUUGGAUGUUGAGCUUCUGAGAUGUGAUUUGGAAGCUAAUGACCCAUUCCCUGUGUUCCCAGAUCUACAACGAGAUGAUCCGGGAUCUUCUCAACCCAUCCUCUGGGUUCCUGGACCUGAGAGAGGACUCUAAAGGAGUGAUCCAGGUGGCUGGCAUCACAGAGGUCUGCACUAUCAAUGCCCGAGAGGUGAGAGGUCACGCAUGGCCACACACACUCCAUGCUUUACAAGAUCAAAGAGCUCGUAAGCAAGCAUUUCACAGUAAAGUCUACACCUGUUGUAUUCAGCGAAUGUGACAAAUAACAUUUGAUUUGAUCACACACUAUACAUAAAACACAUACAUACAAACUAUACAUACAUUAUUAUCUAAAUAUGUAUAUUGUAUAUUAUGAAGCCUACAUAACACAUCUACGAGCACAUCAUAUUAGAGCUACAUAGACCUACAUAUAGCUACAUAGAGCUUUAUGACUGUGUUCCUGCCAGAUCAUGGAGCUGCUGAUGAAGGGUAAUAAGCAGCGUUCCCAGGAGCCCACGGCAGCCAACAAGACAUCAUCCCGGUCCCACGCCGUGCUGCAGGUGGCUGUCAGGCAGACGAGCCGCUGUCGAGACCUUCUACAGGAGGUCCGCUUCGCACGCCUCUUCAUGAUCGACCUCGCCGGCUCUGAACGAGCCUCACAGGUGCAGAACACUAUGUGUGUGUGUGUGUGUGUAGGGGUGUGUGUGUAGGAGUGGGUUUAUGUAUAGGGAUGUGUGUGUAGGAGUGUGGUGUAGGGGUGUGUGUGUAGGGGUGUGUGUGUAGGGAUGUGUGUGUAGGAGUGUGGUGUAGGGGUGUGUGUGUGUGUAGGGGUGUGUGUGUAGGAGUGUGGUGUAGGGGGGGGGGGGGGUGUAGGGGUGUGUGUGUAGGACUGUUGUGUAGGGGUGUGUGUGUGUGUAGGGGUGUGUGUGUAGGAGUGUGGUGUAGGGGUGUGUGUGUGUAGGGGUGUGUGCGUGCAUUUGUAUGUAAACAUGCCUGUUUCAGUUUUUUCACCUCUUGUUAUGGUCUGAUACUUGUGUCCAUGGCAUAACAUCGCAGGUUCCUUCCAGAGUAGAGCUUUGAUCAAAAGUAGUGUACUAUGUAGGGAAUAGGGUUUAUAGGACACUUUAAUAAAGGCCCUUCACAGUGUAAAGAACAAUACAUUUUACAUUCUAGACCAUUUAGGGAAAGAAGGGGUUAAUGUCCCUAUAGUUGACCGUCUAUCAGCGUCUUCUUUAUGUCAGGGUUAUAAACAAUUACAAAAUGGAUGAUAUCGUUGAAAUGGUGCUGUGACUUUACUGUGACAUUUAUAGCACAGUGUUAUGGUGCUGGUUACUUUAGUUGAACAGAUUACAGUUGGAGUGACUCCAAUACUGGCAAGUGACACCCUAUUCCCUAUAGGGCACUACUAUGGGCCAAAAAGUAGUGCGCCAUAUAGGAAAUAGGAUGCCAUUUGGGACACCACAGCCAAUGUCUUUUGUGAACUAGUUGGGGAUGUUUGUGACACAUUAUAUGACACAACAGAAUUUACUAUAAACCUUAACCACUUAAUCCUCUUGGUUCCUGGAGGAACAUAGGGCCUGUACUAAAGUUAUCCUCUUGGUUCCUGGAGGAACAUAGGGCCUGUACUAAAGUUAUCCUCUUUGUUCCUGGAGGAACAUAGGGCCUGUACUAAAGUUAUCCUCUUGGUUCCUGGAGGAACAUAGGGCCUGUACUAAAGUUAACCUCUUUGUUCCUGGAGGAACAUAGGGCCUGUACUAAAGUUAUCCUCUUGGUUCCUGGAGGAACAUAUGGCCUGUAGUAAAGUUAUCCUCUUGGUUCCUGGAGGAACAUAGGGCCUGUAGUGAAGUGAUCCUCUUGGUUCCUGGAGGAACAUAGGGCCUGUAGUAAAGUUAUCUUCUUGGUUCCUGGAGGAACAUAGGGGCUGUAGUAAAGUUAUCCUCUUUGUUCCUGGAGGAACAUAGGGCCUGUAGUAAAGUUAUCCUCUUUGUUCCUGGAGGAACAUAGGGCCUGUAGUAAAGUUAUCCUCUUGGUUCCUGGAGGAACAUAUGGCCUGUAGUAAAGUUAUCCUCUUUGAUCCUGGAGGAACAUAGGGCCUGUAGUAAAGUUAUCCUCUUGGUUCCUGGAGGAACAUAGGGCCUGUAGUAAAGUUAUCCUCUUGGUUCCUGGAGGAACAUAGGGCCUGUAGUAAAGUGAUCCUCUUGGUUCCUGGAGGAACAUAGGGCCUGUACUGAAGUUAUCCAAUGUUGCCGGUCUUUUCACAUUUGGUAUACUUUGAAUUUAUCCUGUGAACUCUGAAGGCUUCAUAAUAGCCGUUUGCUUCUCCUAUUAGUUGCUGUGGUUACCUGUAGUCAUUCUACUGAAGGCAUAGUGUUUAACCAACACAUUUUACAUUUACAUUUUAGUCAUUUAGCAGAUGCUCUUAUCCAGAUCGACUUACAGUUAGUGAGUGCAUACAUUUUCAUACUGGCCCUCCGUGGGAAACAAACCCACAACCCUGGCGUUGCAAGCGCCAUGAUCUACCAACUGAGCUACAGGGGACACAGACAUUGACAUGUCAUUCAUGAUGAAUGUUGUUAGAUUAGCAUCCAUAUUAAACCAGCCAGACCUCAUAUACACCAUGGUAUGCGUCCCAAAUGGCACCCAAUUUCCCAUAGGGCUAGGUCAAAAGUAGUGUACUAUACAGGGAAUAUGGUGCCAUUUGGGACGUACCCAUGAGAAAAACAUACAAUCAUGCCUGAAUGGAGAGAACACUUAUUUACCAUGGAAACUUUUAGAAAGGUUAACCAGCUAGGCUGUUCUAUGGAUGUAUACCAUAGCCUAUAGGCCACCAGUCUCUUUAGAUGGAAGAGAACAGAGGGGGUUCCACUACCUCUUUUGAGGGGAUGUUUUCUGUCUGUGAGAUGUGUUUUGGUCCAAAAGACUGGUAACACUUUCUAUAAAGUACAUAUGUAAUAACGUCCUUUAUAAUGCAUUAUAAUACACGUAUGAUGUGUUAUGACACUGACAGCGUCCAUAGUUACUCAUAAGUGGUUAUACAAUUUGUUUUAAAGUUGUGACUCUUCCAAUGUAACUGCAGACAGAGGAAAGAAAAGGAAGGUUAGAGCCCCCUCUGCUAGUUAACAUUGGCAGUAUCUGUCCUGGGCUGGAACUCAGCGAACCUAGACAAUGUCUGUGUGUUCAACAUGGACUACAUUGCAGACAGACUUACUGACCUACAGAUCACCUUGCAUCCUAAAUAACCACUCUUUAUCAAUUGUUGAUCAGUCAGUCUGCUCAGUAGUUGAUCAGCAAAAUGUAUGCUCUGGAACAUGACCCCAGAUAGUAAACCUGCUCCCUCUCUCUCUCCCAGACACAGAACAGAGGUCAGAGGUUAAAAGAAGGGGCCCACAUCAACCGCUCCCUCCUGGCUCUGGGUAACUGCAUCAACGCCCUGAGUGAGAAACAUGGUAACAAAUAUGUCAACUACAGGGACAGCAAGCUGACGCGCCUGCUGAAGGUACAGUACGGUAACCCGUCUAAGACAAACUGUCCUGACUGGCCACAUGUGCUUUAUGAAUACAAUACAAUACAAUACAAUACAAUACACUACACUACAAAACCAUACUAUACUGUACCAUACCACACCAUACUACACUAUACCCCACCAUACUACACCACACCAUACCACACCAUACCAUACCACAUCAUACUACACUAUACCACACCAUACCACACCAUACCACACCACACCACACGAUACCACACAACAUUCAUCAUGUGGUCCUCUGUAGCUCAAUUGGUAGAGCAUGGCACUUGUAACGCCAGGGUAGUGGGUUCAAUCCCCGGGACCACCCAUACGUAAAAAUGUAUGCACACAUGACUGUAAGUCGCUUUGGAUAAAAGCGUCUGCUAAAUGGCAUAUUAUUAUUAUCAUGAAUGACCACACCAUACCACACAAUUCCACACAACAUUCAUCAUGAAUGCACCAUACGACACCAUACCAUACCAAACAUACCAUACCACACCACACUAUAUUGCACCACACCAUACCAUACAAUACAGUACAAUUCAACUUUUUGCUGCCUUUUUGCAUAAUUCAGAAGGAUUAUUUGCAUUCCACUUGCAUUCAUUCACUUCCUGUUCUGAUGUGUUUGAUUGACAGGACUCGUUGGGAGGCAAUAGUCGCACGGUGAUGAUAGCCCACAUUAGCCCCGCCUCCCUGGCCUUCGAGGAGUCGCGCAACACGCUGAGCUACGCCGACCGUGCCAAAAGUAUCCGCACGCGGGUGAGUAAAACACAACACAACAUUUCCAGAGUACCGCAGCAGUCUAAGGCACUGAUCAGUGCUAGAGGCAUCACUACAGAUCCGGGUUCGAUCCCGGGCUGUGUCGCACAAAUGGCCCAGCGUCGUCUGGUUUGGCGAGGGUUUGGCCUGCUGGGAUGUCCUUGUCCCAUCACGCUCUAGCGACUCCUGUGGCGGGCCGGGCGCAUGCACGAUGACACGGUCGCCAGUUGUACAGUGUUUCCUCCGACACAUUGGUGCGACUGGCUUCCGGGUUAAGCAAGCAGUGUGUCUAAGAAGCAGUGCGGCUUGGCAGGGCCAUGUUUCGGAGGACACAUGGCUCUCGACCUUCGCCUCUCCCGAGUCGGUAGGGGAGUUGCAGCGAUGGGACAAGACUGUGACUACCUAUUGGAUAUCAUGAAAUUGGAGAGAAAAAAUAAAAAAUAAUCCCUCCUUCGCUGAGGUGUGAGACAACCAAGGUGUGAUACAACCGAGGUGUGAGACUACUGAGGUGUGAGACAACUGAGGUGUGAGACAACCGAGGUGUGAGACAACCGAGGUGUGGGACAACCGAGGUGUGGGACAACCGAGGUGUGGGACAACUGAGGUGUGGGACAACCGAGAUGUUUCUCACAUCUUUGAAUUUUCAAAUCAAUCAAUCAACCAAUCAAAUGUAAUUUAAAAAGCCCUUUUUACAUAAACAGAGUUAUUACAAAGUGUUUUACAGUAACCCAGCCUAGACCUCCAAGAUCAAGUUAAAGAUUCCUUUAGCUCUGCAGUAUAACAGUUAAAACAACGCUGUCAAUAUUAAGCUUAAUAGUUUGUCAGUUGGGUUCCUCCAUGCUGAACGUGUUCUACCACAUCAUGUUAUUAUAGUGUUAUAAGACAGUUCUCUUUCUCCAGGUGAAGAGGAACCUGCUGAAUGUGUCCUACCACAUCGCUCAGUAUACCAACAUCAUCUCUGACCUGCGCAGCGAGAUUCAGCGGCUCAAGAAGAAGAUCGCCAAUCAGGCUGGACGUCAGCUCAACUCUGACCGAGCUGACAUCCGCCAUGUCCAGGGUAAUGACCUUACCUUGACCUCUCUGAUAGCUCCUUCACAAUGUGUGUGUGUGUGUGUGUGUGUGUGUGUGUCUCUGUGUGUCUGUGUGUCUGUGUGUGUGUGUGUGUGUCUGUGUUUGUGUGUGUGUGUGUGUAUCUGUCUGUGUCUCUGUGUGUCUGUGUCUGUGUCUGUGUGUGUAUCUGUGUGUGUCUGUGUGUGUGUCUGUGUAUCUGUGUGUGUGUGUGUGUCUGUGUAUCUGUGUGUGUCUGUGUGUGUCUGUGUGUGUGUGUGUGUGUGUCUGUCUGUGUAUCUGUCUGUGUGUGUGUGUGUGUGUGUGUGUGUGUGUGUGUGUAUGUGUGUAUGUGUGCCUCCAACAGACAUGAACUCUCCUCCUCUCCUUCCACCAAUAUAGUGGAGGUGCAGGCCCACAGCACACAGGCGAGCCGGGCAGAGAUGGACCAGCUGAGAGAGCAGCUCCUAGAGGCCUUCAGGAGCCAGAUGGAGCUCAGGAGGAGCCUGAUGGAGCUGGACAACAACAACAUGGAGAUCCAGAUGGACGCCUCCAAACACCUGCUCACCAUCGCAGAGUAUGUGUCUUAGGACUGUCCCAAAUAGCACCCUAUUCCCUAUAUAGUGCACUACGUUUGACCAGGGCCCUUAGGGCUCUAUAUAGGCAAUAGGGUGCCAUUAGACCUACAAUAAUCUCAUAGCACUCCCUUUACACCUACAGUCUCUAGCUGUAGUUGUUAAAUGACUGUGAUAAUUAACAGGAAUAUCUAAACAGCUGCUCACCAUUGCGUGCAUUGUUGUUCGUCCUGUAGUUGGGAGCAGGAGCGGAGUCAUCGUCGCAGGAAGUGGCGAGCGGAGAGGAGGAAAGAGAGCUUCAGUAAGGAGGAGAGUGAGAAGGACUCUUACUGCCCUGAGUCUCCCCCAGACAGCACUGAGACGCAGGAAGUAGCCAUGGCCAGAGAGAACUUGGUCACUCUCAUAGCUGAACAGAACAAGAUACGCAAACAGAAGGUAGGUUACUGUAGUCCCCUGCUCUCACCUCUAGGGGGAGCUACAUAAUCACACAUCUUAGGCUACCUAGCUUAAACUAGGCAUUGAUAGCCUUGUAAACUACACAGUUGUACAGUACUGGGGUGGCUGGUGGUAGGAGAUAUUGGAGAUCAGACUCAUUGUCAUGGCUGGAUUGGACUGAAUGGAACGGUACCAAGCACAUGGUUUCCAUUUGUAUAGUAUGCCAACGUGUAGCAUGAUGAGAACCUACUAUGUGAGGAUUUCCAUUGAACCCUGCCUGCUGUUUGUCCUCCUGUCCUGUAGGCGUUGCUGGAGCGCUGCUUCAUGGAGCUGCGGGAGCGGGCCAGGCGCCUGGAGGAGCUGCUCCCUCACAGGGUGAGCUCAGAGGAGCAGAGGGAGGUGCUGGGCCUCCUCUGUAAGGUCCACGAGCUGGAGAUCGAGAACGCCGAGAUGCAGUCCCACGCCCUCCUCAAAGACAACAUGAUCCGGCAGAAGAACUUUGUGGUGCAGCGCUUCGAGCAGCACCGCCACCUCUGUGACGAGCUCAUCCAGCAGCAGAGACGGUUCAUUGAAGGUGUGACCAAACACUACUUUCUUUUUAUACUACACUAG